ACCUGGUGUUUUUUUUUAGGCUGGAUAAUGGCCAAUAAUGUGGGGUUGAAGUUUUCACUUGCAUUAAGCGGGUUUGAUAAAGAAUCUCCUAAACAAAUGCUAAUGUAAGAACAAGCCUGAUUUUAGAUAACAUUGUCUGCGACCAAUAAGACCUUUUGAGGUGUCAACCAAUGAACAUUAUGGUACUUUCCUGAACCCGGGUAUGCCUUCUGGUUUUACAAACACUGGGCUGGCCAUAGGUCAUUAGCCCAAGGACUGCCUGUACAUUUAUAAAAUCGUGUCUCAGGCAGCCGUUAUGCGUUAACUUCGAGUGUGCUGCAGUUGCCACCAAAAAGCCCUAGGUGGCUCUAUACACAAAGGUGUCCAUUGCAACUUAUUUGUGUGCAUUCCAUUGGGGUGCCAUUUUUAGAAGCUACUUUCAAUGAUAGACAAACCUGCAUUUUAACAAGUCGAUGAGGGGCCGCACUAUUUAAAAAAGGUUACCUGCUAAGUUGAACUACGUUCUGCAUAGCAUGUAAAGGGUUAGUUCAGUGAAGACUUGUCGAGUCCUUCAGAAGUAUAUACAGCAGUCCUUCACUUGAAUCAGAUGUUUUAACAAUGACUACCAUUUCUACUCUUAAUAGCCCCCACUUAAAUUUACUAAACUUUUGAGCGGCGAGUACAAUAAUUACGGGUAGGCUUUGUGAGGUGACUUGCUGUUUUGGAAAGAAAUAAGAUGUGUAAUAAGGGUGUUUUUUUUAGAUACUGAUGUAUGUAGUUAUCAUUUGGAGGUCAUGACAUCAGACAUUGAGAACCUUUUCAAAGUAACUUUAUCCCCCUUGAAUGAACGAGGUGGGUCAUUAGAAUUCAGGGCUUUGUGCACCAAACCUAUAGUCAAUAUGUUAUUGGAAAUAGUGUAAAAAAAUCUUGAAGCCGUUAUCAUCAGUCUUACAAGAGUUGACACAAUUCCAUUGCUCGAUAUGAAGCAGAUCUUUGUUACAUGGUUUUCCCUGAAGUGAUCCUAGAGCAUUGAUUAAAUAGCCACUUAGAAUUCUAAAUAAAACGGGGAGCUGCAGUAGUAAAGUAGUUAUCGAGGAAAUUAACCCAGAUUGAGGUGACUCUUAUUUAAUUAGGUUACUAGGGUUAUCGUGUUGCUUACUGAAUUUUUCUUAACAUUUAAAUGUUCAUCGAUCAAAUAUUAUAUGCAUACCUUUUAUGGCAUGUCAUGAGUGCAUACAUUGAAUGGAAGGGGUUUAAGCAAAAAAAUUGAAAUACGUCUCGUAAUGUUUCACUAGGUAUUUUACGUUCGUGUGUGGUGCAGGAGUCUUUUACAGGUUCCUGCAUAUUAAUCUCAGCUCCACCAGCCCCUGCCCUGCCUCCCAGCUGUCUGGCCAACUGCCCAUGUCGAUCCUUAUUUACGAUCAAAAACACAGACGGAAUUAUCACAUAGGCCUACACUUCAAUUAAAACAUUUUGAGGCGUGUUGAAGUGCAGUUAUAUUCUAGGCAAUAUAACUUGCUAAAUAGGCUAUAUAAAUCGUAUUAUGUUUUACUGGCAUGUUGGCGUUGUAGCUAAUUAGAACUGGAUCAAUAUGCAAUAUAGACCUUUCUUUGAUGUUUAGGCAUAAAUUCCAUUUAUUAUAUCUAAGGAAUGGAGCCCACUACUCAUUCGUGACAUUUAUUUGUAUUUACUUAUUUCGGUGUAAUGUUUGUAUAUUUCAGUAGGCCUUUACAAAUAUAAAUUAUCCUAUUAAGGUAUUCCAAAGAUUUACUUCAAAUAGGCUACAUCAUGCUGUUCAAAGCUAAUAUAGACAUUGAGGCAUUAAUCUCUAUGACAGAUUAUACUACCCAUAUAUAAUAGCAGGUUAGACAGACUUUUCUCUAUAAACGGCUAAUUUUAAAAUUCCGACUAGUACUAUAUUAUUCAGGGGGUUGUUAGUUGUUAUUAGAUGUUCUUUAUUGAUUGUUUUUGGCCAGUAAUGAAGUCUUGAUGCUGUUCGUUUGUUUGGAAGAAGUAGCUCCUGGCAGCAAUGUAGGCUACAUUACUCGCUGCUGAUUUAUCCACUCCCAUCUGAACAGAACAAGCCUACCACCGGAUUCACUCCCAUAUCUGCACAAACCAACUCCACCACCAGAAUCACUCACCAUCUGACCAAACCGAAGCCUACCAUCAUAUCCACUCCCAUACCUGCGCAAACCAACUCCACCGCUAGAUUCACUCCCCAUCGGACCAAACCGAAGCUCAUCAGAUCCACUCCCAUAUCUGCACAAACCAACUCCACCAGCAGAUUUACUCCCCAUCUGACCAAACAAAAGCCUACCACCAGAUUCUCUUACCAUCUGCACAAACCAAGUUCACCACCAGAUCACACACCCCGCCUAGCCAAACCAACUCCACCAACAGAUUCACUCCCCAUCUGACUAUACCAAGCGAACCACUAGAUUCACUCCCCAUUUUACUAAACCAAGCCUACUACCAGAUUCACUCCCCAUCUGACUAAUCCAAGCCAGAUUCGGCGGCGAGUUUCGCGGGAAUAAAACAUGCAUUUUGUUUUGGAAGAGGAUUAAACAAGUGAUCUUCAACGGUGUGUUGGUGGUCUGACUGCUACAGAUCCUCUCACCCCCAGCAAGGAUGAAUGACAUUCAGGAGGCCACAUCUCCAGCAGCCAGCAUGGGUGGUCCUGUCACCUGUGUCUCUAAAGUGGAACUUCGCGUCUCCUGCAAAGCUUUGCUGGACAGAGACACGCUGAAUAAGUCCGAUCCCUGUGUCAUUAUUAUGGUGCAGGCUCAAGGGCAAUGGACAGAGCUGGACAGGACAGAGGUCAUCAAAAGCAACCUGCAUCCAGUUUUUGCCAAGGUCUUCAUGGUGGACUACUACUUUGAGGAGGUUCAGAAGCUACGGUUUGAGGUGUAUGACAUCCACGGCACGCACAGCAUUGGGACCCGCGACGAUGACUUCCUCGGGGGUGUGGAGUGUACCCUCGGCCAGAUUGUGGCCCAAAAGAAGAUGGUAAAGCCCUUGCUGUUAAAGUACGGAAAAUAUGCUGCAAAGUCAACGAUCACGGUGCAUGCAGAGGAGAUUUCCGGAAACAAUGGAUACCUUGAGCUUUCCUUCUGUGCAAAGAAGCUGGAUGAUAAGGAUCUCUUCAGUAAGUCUGACCCAUUUCUGGAAAUUUAUCGGAUGAACGACGACGGAACUGAACAGCUGGUGCACAGGACUGAGGUGAUCAAAAACAACUUGAACCCGGUUUGGGAGCCCUUCAAAGUGUCCCUCAUAUCCCUGUGCAGCUGCGAUGAGGACCGGAAACUCAAGUGCCUUGUCUGGGAUUAUGACUCCAGAGGCAAGCAUGACUUCAUUGGGGAGUUCUAUGCAACUUUCAGGGACAUGCAGAAAAUAUCCAGUGGGAUCAAGGUGUCGUGGGAUUGUGUAAAUCCAAAGUACAAGCAAAAGAAAAGGAACUACAAGAACUCUGGUGUUGUCAUCCUCAGCGACCUUAAGCUCCACAGAGUGUACUCCUUCUUGGACUACAUCAUGGGAGGAUGCCAGAUCCAUUUUACGGUAGCCAUUGAUUUCACAGCCUCCAAUGGGGACCCCCGGAACAGUUGCUCCCUGCACUACAUCAACCCCUACCAGCCCAAUGAGUACCUCAAGGCCCUGAUAGCAGUGGGAGAGAUCUGUCAGGACUACGACAGUGACAAAAGAUUUUCAGCCUUGGGAUUUGGAGCCCGAAUUCCACCAAAUUAUGAGGUUUCCCAUGACUUUGCUAUUAAUUUCAACCCUGAAGAUGAUGAAUGUGAAGAGAUCCAAGGGGUGGUUGAGGCUUACCAGAACUGCCUUCCCAAGAUCCAGCUCUACGGGCCCACCAACGUGUCUCCCAUCAUCAGCCGGAUAGCCAAGCUCGCUGCAGGGGAGGGGACCAUUAAAGAUGCUUCGCGGUACCACAUUCUGCUCAUCCUGACGGACGGCGUGGUGACCGACAUGGCGGACACACGCGAGGCCAUCGUGCGCGCCUCCUACCAGCCCCUGUCCAUCAUCAUCGUCGGCGUGGGCAACGCAGACUUCACAGACAUGCAGAUCUUGGACGGAGACGACGGGGUUCUGCGCUCGCCAAAGGGAGAGCCAGUCCUUAGGGACAUUGUUCAGUUUGUGCCCUUCAGGGACUUCAAAACGGCUUCCCCGGCGGCGCUAGCCAAAUGCGUGUUGGCAGAGGUUCCCAAGCAAGUGGUGGAGUACUACAGCCACAGGGCCAUCUCCCCCAUGAGUCCUGGGAGGGGCCCCUCACCGCCCGCACUCAGCCCCCUCACCAGCAUCCCGACUGAAUGAACACGCCCACUACGCCAGCAUUGUCCCCGGAGACGUCAGCAUUAGCGAAGGGCUUGACGAGCGUCGUGUCUCAAGGGCAAGAAACACAUCUUUGAGAUUGUGACUGUUUGAUUUAUUUUCAUUCCUCCAAAGGUGAUAAAACAACAGAUCUUCAUCCCGUUCCCCCUACUCAAACUGGAUUGGUUUCUUGUGUUUCCCAGCAGCAUGCUGACGCUUGGCUCAUCUCAUGUUUUGUAUUGGAUGCAUGCAGGCCGUUCUCCCUGGUAACGAUGAACCAGGAACGCAGUGACGCCACGCUUGUCACGCAGCUGUCCACUGCAUCCCUUAAAGGUGCUGUAGGUAAGGUCUCACUCUCUUAAGGGUCGUUAGUUAGAAAUGCCAUUGUCAAACGUUGGCUAUUAGUGAAGGAAAGGUGCAGAAUCUAUUUUCAGUUGAGUACGCCUGCCUCUGAAUGAGCCAAUCAGGACAUCUCUCCCCUGAUUGGUUCAGGGAAUCCAUCUUGCUUGUCAAUCUCAGCUGCGUGAAUGCAAAAUAAACGGAGAAACCUAUAGGGAGGGAGCAGAAAGAGAGGGCGUUUUUUUUGGUGGUUAAUUUUCAAAAACAUGCGCUCUACCGCUCUCUUCUGCUGUCUCACUUUACAAUGCUCACAUCUUACCUACAGCAGUUUGAACUGCAGCUUUAAUUGCUUGUUUCAUGGCUUACGUUCAUCAUUUUAUACAAUAUCUUCCAAAGUGUCUUUUUCUUCGUAUUACAAUUUGUAUGCUCACUGUACACUGCUUAGGACAACUCACCGCUGGGGGACUACAGGGGAAUGAAUAAAUUAGAUGGAUAUAAAUUAAUUCAAUGGAGAGAGAUGAAUAAGAUGGAUGGAAGCAAUAGAUGGAUCAACAGUAUUGCAUAUUCUAGCUUUUGUUGCAGGUGAAAUAGUGUGAAAUUACAAUAUUCUUCCUUUCUUUAUGAUUAGCUAUUACUAUGCUCUAUAUUCACCAUUAAGUUGAGGUCUGCAAUGUCAUUGGUGCCUAAUACAUUUCCUGAAUAUGUAAUUAACGUUAAUAUAGUUCCAUAAUUUGCAUUAUCUUUCAGUUUGCUAUAGCCUAGGUGUAUGUUAUCUUGCAACUUAAAACAAAUAAAUGGAAGUUCUCAAUGUUGUGGCCAAUGAACAAGUGAUCCUCAAAUUGAUAAUUUGAGGCUAUAUAUAUAUAAAUAUAUAUGUUUAUAUAUAAGUAUAUAUUAUAAGCCAUAAAUGUUCCAUUAAAUGAAUAUCAAGCAACCUGGUGGUUCGGAUCAGAAGAGUCAGGUACCUUUGUACCUAUAUGAUUAUCUUUAUCCAAGCAAGCAUUACCACGACAUGUUUUCAUUCUGCCACUUGGUGGGAAUGCCUCUGAAUGAAGAUUUAGAGUAAAGCCCGGAUUGGACAAAGUGAGAGGAUAAAUCAACAUGGUUCUGCAGCAUGUAAGACCUAUUUGCUUUAAAAAAAUCAACAUGUACUUGUUGUGUCUGCAGAUGGGAAAAUAGUGUCCUAUGGUGUUAUGCAUUACAAUUUUCUCCUAUCUAUAUAUUGUUAUUCCUUUCGCUGAAUGAUCUCACUGCAUGUUACUUAAUCUGCUGCGCUGUGGAAGUCGAUGAUUUAAAUAUGAUUGGAUAUAAUAAUAUAUUGACUUUCAAAAUGGGAAAGGGGCUCAUCUUUACACAACGCUGAAGUUGGCAUCCGAUUCGCAGCAUCUGAUUCGGCUUGAAAACCACUUAGAAUCUUCAAUUCGGUCCUGAUUGAAAACCACUACACCUAGACUCUUCAAAUCUGGACUACAUUAUC